GGAAGAUUCUCAAAGUUAAGUUUAAGGCUUGGAUUCUGGCAGAAGGCGCACGUUUUUGUUGCCAUCGCUAUCUGUGAUCAAGACCUGUGGGCUCACCUUUGAAGUAUUUUUCAGAUUGUCAGAAGUCAGCCAGGUCGUGGCAACAAAUUCUGUUGCUGUGGGUACGGUAUCCGCCUCCCAAAGUUGUUGAAGGUGGUGGAAUAUCGACAUGAUGCACAUCAAACGCUCCUCAUAUCUUUGAGUGGCAGCUUGUUUGCUUGUAGAUUCGGCAUCGCAACAGCGAUAGCACCAGCUUUUGGUCCAACAGAGUCCCUAUUCUGGUACAAUGGUCGGCAUGACGAUCCCCUCAGGGAAGGGCGGGCCAAACUCGUCCCGCCAGCAUGAGUUUUACUUUGAGCAGGACGACGAUGAAGAGGUGCGUCCAGUAGAGGAUGAUGAUCCAGAUGCUGAGACUACUCCGCUGUCUUCCCCGAGCAAUUCACCGAAGGGGAGGCCGGAGACACCCGUGGGGCACCAUUGGCCCCAAAGCUACAGAGCAUCGAUGGACGCCUACACCGGCCAGUCCUACCGCUCCGCCCUCUUCAGCCCGCACCAGUCCGGUGCCAACACCCCUCUUUCCCCUUUCUACGCACGCUGGAACUCCACAAACUCCCAGCAACUCGACCACACAACUUCCGAGCCGGAGUCCGCACUAGAGCGCGCAGCCAGCCCACUCCUUCCAGAGAAACCGCCUAGCAGGAUAGAAUCUGACGCACAGGUGCCGCUACCCCCUCUCCCGAUAAAGUCGUACGACCGGCUGCCGUCGGCGCGGUCGCUGCCGCCAGACAGUAGAUACUUCGACCCGGACGAGAUGAAUCUUGGGAACAGCACCUUUACUCAGGCGCUCUUCAAUGGCAUGAACGUUCUAGCAGGCGUCGGUAUUCUCUCCACCCCCUACGGUCUCCUUCAGGGGGGCUGGCUCAGUCUCGGGGUUCUGCUCCUUUUAGCCGUCUGUUGCUGCUACACUGGCGUUCUUCUCAUACGCUGCCUCCAGUCGUCCCCCCAUGUACAGACGUAUCCAGAUAUCGGGGAAGCCGCCUUUGGCCUGACGGGCCGGAUUCUUAUCUCGACGCUGUUUUACUUCGAAGUGUAUGCCUGCUGCGUGGAGUUUCUUAUCCUGGAGGGCGACAACCUGUCGUCGCUCUUCCCGGGGGCUUCUGUCACAGUCUUCGGCGCCCCCCUGGAGAGCAAGACUUUCUUUAUGCUGCUCACGGCACUGGCAGUGUUGCCGACUGUGUGGCUGAAAAACCUCAGCCUACUCUCGUACAUAUCGGCCGCGGGCGUGCUAGCCGCCAUUCUAGUUGUCUUCGCCGUCGCGUGGAUCGGCGAGUUCGAUGGGAUUGGCUUCUCCCAGGGAGGUCCGCUGAUUCGCUGGGGCACGUUGCCCGUCAGCGUCGGCCUGUUUGGGUUCUGCUACUCGGGGCACGCCGUCUUUCCAAACAUCUACAACUCGCUGUCCAACAAAAGCCAGUUUCCGCUCCUGCUGACCAUCACUUUCGCCAUGUGUACGCUCAUCUACGGUGGCAUUGCCGUUACGGGCUUCACCAUGUUUGGAGCAGAGACGCAGUCCCAGAUCACGCUGAACCUGCCAAAGCAGUUCCUGGCGUCUAAGAUUGCCAUCUGGACAACGGUCGUUAACCCGUUCACAAAGUUCGCUCUGACGAUGACCCCCGUCGCAAUGGCGGUAGAGGAAUUGGUUCCGAUGUCCGUUUCGGCGUCCAGCUUCGUCACUCUCAGCUACCUCAUCCGAACGGCCCUCGUCGGGAGCACUAUUUUAGUGGCCCUUCUUGUCCCCUUCUUCGGCUACGUGAUGGCCUUCAUUGGUUCGUUCCUCAGCAUGACGGUUUCGGUCAUCCUUCCAUGCGCCUGCUACCUUCGAAUAUAUGGCAAACGGGUAUCGUGGCUGGAAACCAUUGUUUGCACAUCAAUAAUGCUUUUAGGAUGCAUAGCAGCGGGCUUUGGAACGUGGUCUGCUAUCAGCGGCAUUGCGGGGAGCUUCCAUCCACAUACGCCCCCGGGCUUCGUGGGAAAGGUUCCUUGGUGAAACUUUGCAGGCCGUUCAAAGCUGCCAGUAGCCGUAUCGGACCAUUAAGACUCACUUCUUACUCUCUAAUCUUGUUCAUGACUUGCACGCACAUAGGUUUUUUGAGGACAGAUUUUUAGAUGCAGGUGUUAUUGACAGGUGCGCUAUAAUAAAGACAAGAUAAUCUGCAGCGUUGUUGGCCAAGAUACUCAGGACUGCUCGAUAGUAGCCAAGAUGGCCAUCAGGCUUUGUUCACUUGCAUAUUUUAGGUCGACACUCUUUCGACGAGUUAUCUUUAUUUUUGCAACGUGGCAAUAAGCGUCUGAGGAGCGGGCCAAUGGCCUCAGUGCAUGGGCACCAAACAGGA